UUUGCAGUCGCACGACAGUGUCGAAAGUAAACCUAUGAAGUUAACAGGAACAGAAAUGUCUCUCCUCAUUUCUUUUGGUCAGACUGGAGGAGUCGCUUCUUUGAGGAAUGGAAAACUCUUAAUUUGAAUGCGGUGAAACGCUGUCAUGAAUUUAGUUCUUUUGGCCUUUGUUGUCCUGUUCAGAUUUUAUGGUCACAUUUCUUGCCAAAAUGGAUCAAGACCCAACAUAGUGAUGGUGAUGAGUGACGCAUUUGGUGGCAGAUUGACCUUUGAUCCUGGCAGCAAAGUGGUACAUCUGCCAUACGUGAACUACCUGAGGGAGCUUGGUACCACUUUCCUCAAUGCAUACACCAACUCUCCAAUCUGCUGCCCCUCAAGAGCAGCAAUGUGGAGCGGUCAGUUUGUUCACCUCACUCAGUCAUGGAACAACUAUAAGUGCCUCAAUGCUAAUGCAACGACAUGGAUGGACUUGCUUGAGGCGAAUGGAUAUUUGACCAAGAUGAUGGGCAAGCUUGACUUCACCUCAGGGAGUCACUCUGUCAGUAACCGCGUGGAGGCCUGGACACGAGAUGUUCCGUUUCUCCUGCGGCAAGAGGGCCGGCCUGUCACGCAACUUGUUGGGAACAAGUCAACAGUCAGGAUCAUGAGAAAAGACUGGGAAAACACAGACAAGGCCACACAGUGGAUCCACCAGAGAGGUGCAGCCUCUCACCAGCCCUUCGCUCUUUAUCUCGGGCUCAAUUUACCUCACCCCUAUAGAACUGAGUCACUUGGGCCCACCGCAGGAGGAUCAACUUUCCUUACGUCACCGUACUGGCUGGAGAAGGUGUCUUCAGAGCUCAUCAAUGUUCCUAAAUGGCUGCCUGUAUCGUCCAUGCACCCCAUUGACUACUACUCCACCUUCACCAAAAACUGCAGUGGUGAUUUUACUGAGGAGGAAGUCAAAAGUAUCAGGGCUUUCUAUUAUGCCAUGUGUGCCGAAGCAGAUUCCAUGCUGGGCCAAGUGAUUUCAGCUCUGAGAGAGACCGGCCUGCUUAACAACACAGUUAUGAUCUUUACGGCUGACCACGGAGAGUUAGCCAUGGAGCACCGGCAGUUCUACAAGAUGUCCAUGUUUGAAGGCAGCUCCCAUGUUCCGCUUUUGAUCAUGGGGCCUGGUCUGAAAUCAGGCCUUCAGGUCGACCAACUUGUGUCUUUGGUUGAUCUCUAUCCAACUGUGCUCGACUUUGCCGGUGUUCCAGCACCAGGGUUCAUCAGUGGUCACUCGCUUCUUUCUCUGCUGUCCAAGGCCGGUUCUUUCUCCAAGAAUCAGCAUCCAGACUGGGUUCUGAGUGAAUACCAUGGUUGUAAUGUAAAUACCUCUACGUACAUGCUAAGAAGUGGUCGGUGGAAAUAUAUAGCCUACGCAGAUGGCCUGAGUGUCCCCCCACAGCUUUUUGACCUAACACUGGACAAGGAAGAACUUCAUAAUGUUGCCUUCAAAUACCCAGACGUGCAGGCACAUCUGGACAAGCUAUUGCGUAGCAUUGUAGACUAUCCUGAAGUCUCAGCAACUGUCCACCUAUACAAUAAAAAAGCUUUUGGUGCUUGGCGUAAUAGUUUAGGGGGAAACUACAGCCAGGUGAUUGCUAGUCUGAGGUGGCAUGUGGAUUGGCAAAAAGAUAUGUUAGCCUAUGAGAGAGCCAUUGAUAAAUGGCUCUUUGGCUCUUUGUAAUAUCUUUUUUAAUCUGUGAUUUUUAAACAUUUAAUUUUGCCAUUGCAAAAUGGCAUCAUUCUUCCCUAAAAGAGACAUGACUGAAUACAAAGUGUCAGUUAAGGGAUUAAUGAGUAAAGCAGACUAGACUGCAUAGACAGCUUAACUCUAUCUCAUGGAUAUCUCUAUAUCUAUCUGUCUAUCUCUACUAUGGGGAAUGGUCAAGUACAAACAAGUUUAAUGUCCUUCUACUAUGCAAAAAGAAUUCAAUAUCCUACCUCACAUGCGGUGGCAAUGAAAACAAAAAACGAAAUGUUGAUGAUCAGCCCAUAAUAAAAAAAAUAUAUAUAUGUAA